UUAGAAAUACCUCCCAAGUAAUCAAUUCUUAUGCUUCUCCUUUUCACCACUUAACCUUCUCAUCUUUUUCUUUCCUUUUCCAUAGAACCAACCAGACUCCUAUAACUUCCCAGUUCACAUUUCACAGUUCUCUCUCAAUUCUGGUAAAGAGAGAGAGUUUAUAAUAAGAGAGAGAGAGAGAGAGAGAGAGAUGGAGGGAAUACAGCACAAGACAGUGAGUGUGAAUGGCAUAAACAUGCACGUAGCAGAAAUGGGCCAAGGCCCAGUGGUCCUGUUCCUCCAUGGCUUCCCUGAACUCUGGUACACAUGGAGACACCAGAUCCUCUACAUGGCGGCCCACGGUUACCGGGCAGUGGCUCCGGACCUCCGCGGCCAUGGCGACACCACCGGGGACACCACCACCUCCGCCGCCAGCUACACCACCCUACAAAUCGUCGGGGAUCUCAUUGCCCUCCUGGACGCCGAGGCACCCGACCAGAGCCAGGUGUUUGUGGUGGGCCAUGAUUGGGGUGCAAUCAUAGCUUGGUGUCUGUGUUUGUACAGACCUGACAGAGUGAAGGCAUUGGUGAAUAUGAGUGUUGUGUUCACACCUAGAAGCCCCAAGAGAAAGCCCAUUGAGUCCUUGCGUGCCUUCUAUGGCAAUGACUACUACAUCUGCAGAUUUCAGGAACCAGGAGAAAUAGGAGCAGAAUUUGCCCAGAUUGGUACAAAAAGAGUUCUGGAGAAUUUUCUGACAUACCGCAAUCCGGGCCCGCUUUAUAUACCUAAGGGUAAAGGGUUUGGAGGUUCAUCUGAUGGUCCAAUUGUCUUGCCCUCUUGGUUGUCAGAAGAAGAUGUUGAUUAUUAUGCUACCAAAUAUGAAAAGAGUGGCUUCACUGGAGGAGUGAAUUACUACAGAGCUUUGGACCUAAACUGGGAACUAAAUGCACCAUGGACUGGGGCUCAAGUAAAAGUACCAGUGAUGUUUAUCGUGGGUGACCUUGACCUGACCUAUAAUUCCCCAGGCACUAAGGACUAUAUACACAAAGGUCAGUUCAAGAAAGAUGUUCCCUUUUUGCAGGAUGUAGUUGUAAUGGAAGGGGUGGGACAUUUUAUCCAAGAAGAAAAGCCUGAAGAGAUCAACAAACACAUCUAUGAUUUCAUCCGCAAAUUUUCCUAGACACUACGUUACUGUGUGUUUGUUUAUGUGUAGCUAUUAUGUGUGAGGGGCGUGUGCGAUUCUUGGAGUGUUACAUGGGAAUGGACCAAGCCUGAAGAGACCAGCAAACACAUCUAUGAUUUCAUCCAGAAAUUUUCAGCCUGUUGAACUUGUUUGUCCUAAAGAGUACAUACUGUGUGUGUGUUUUUAUGCGUAGCUAUUAUGUGUGAGGGGCGUGCGCGAUUCUUGGACAAGUUCUUGCAAGUGACAUUAAUAUUAUUAAUGUUUGUGUAUAAUGGUAAUAUGUAUUUGUGUUGGCUUGUCUUUAUCACUUAUAA